AUGACCAGAACAGAACAACGCCAUGAUGUGGUUUUUCUACCUCGUGAACUCCUCUGGAUGAUCAUGGGCUAUCUACAACCAAAUGAACUGGUCCGCUGUCGCCGUGUCUCACGUGCUUGGAGCGAAGCGUUUAGCAACCCGGCCAUCCUACUCCCACUCCUAAAGAAACAUUACCCGUGGACUCAAGAAGUCAAAAACCUCUGCAAGAAUAGAUCCCCUGAAAAACUACCCCAGGGUCGUCGUCUAUUCGACCAGGUUGCUUCACGGUAUCAUCACCUAGAACAAGGCAAGCCCCGCUCUAUCCGAAAGUACCGUCUCUGCGAUGACUUUGGCAGCGCUGGAGACCGAGAAUGGUAUCAGGUCCAGCCAUGGGAUUCACACGCCAGUCAUAUGAGGCGUUUCAUCGACCGCCAAUUCGCUGAGGCUUUAUGGACAUUUGAAGACGGCCUACUGGUCUACCCCAGCGCCGAUCAUCAGUUUCUCGUUCUCAUGGAUUUGGAAACGGACCGGCAGUUCAUGGUACCAUUUAUUAUCCGUGGCAAGGUCAUUCGUCGAGUACGCCUGCAGAAACGCUUACUCGUUGUUGAGUGGGCUGAACCCAAAGCUUUUCACUGGCUGAAUGAUAGCGAUGGUGUGCAUCGUCACUUUGCGUCAUCCUUUGAUGUGACAAGAAGCGAGAAGCAGGGCUGGAAUAUUGUCCCACGCAAUGAAUGGAAGAUUAUGUUUUUGGGACAUCCGCUAAGCGAACGAGAUCGUUUCUUCUCCUCACAUAGCAACACCCACUACGUGAUCUAUAUAUGGCAGCCAAAUCGCAGCUUGUAUACUGCCGACGAGGAUGCGCCCAUUGAGUCUUUGUCUAUCUGGGACAUAUCCAAGACAUCAUCAUACAGACCUUCGUUGGAUCCCACGGGACGUCUGAGAGACGAGUCACCUGAUGACUCUCCAUCGAUCGUGGCGCGUUUCGGAUUCCGAGACCUGGAGUUUUUCGACAUCCGACAACGAGGAUGUCCAAGCAUUCAACGAUUAAAUAUAACCGAUGAUGCCCAGGCAGUCGAAAUUACAGAAAACGUUUGCAUCCGGCCGGAAGACCAACCACCCGAGCCAUUCGGGAUUCCUCAACCUAUCACGACAAGCAUUCCUAUUUUAGGAAAUGGACCUCAUUGGCGCCGGGAGUUUGAGGGGGUUCUGCCUCCUUACCGUGGGAACUGCAGCAUGCAGGCAGAAACUAUGAGAUUCGAUGGCUUCAUCAUGAUGGAGCCUUGGUAUGGUGUUAUUGCUCAAGUCACUGUACUCGAGCCUGAUCUUGGCUUUUGUCUUCAUUUUGAUCCUUGGACGUGGGUGCAAAAUCAGAUUGUUCAUUUGACUAUUCAGACACCUCGCUCGAGCGUCACUUGUGUUAAUUGGGAUUUUGUUGGCAGGGGGAGACUUGCUGGCUGUGAGAAAUAUUUGGUGGGUGAGAAUUGCAACCGAGAGCUGGUGAUUUACCGGUUUGAUAGAUGA